UAUAUACCAUUUGAAUUGCAAGCAAAUGAAGGCAAUGGAUUUGGGGCUCGUCCUUCCUUAGCAAAAAUAUCUCGAAGCAAAGCACGAGGAGUGGACUUGAACAAGUUUUGUGAGUGUGAUGGAUCGGAUCCCCCAACAACAUCACAAUCAUGUAUGUAGUCAUUACAAAAUUUGACAACCAAACCAAUUAGACUAACCAAGACGUUAGCCAUUUUUAAGAAAAUGCACACACAUUCGGUAUUUGAUGCCCUAGAGAGAAACUCUCUCGAACCCGCAUCCCAAGGCGCCGUUUCGAUGGAUUUUCCUUGCUCCAACCACGACGUUCUUUCCUCCUCUCUCUGAAACAGCCAUGUUCCUCUCUAUGGACAUGAUGGUGACUAUUCCUCCGUCGUGGCUCCGCCCCCCUCCAGAUCCGCCGCCCCCGUCGUUCCUGAUGCAGCACUGCUCUUCCUCCUUGAAGAUGAUGGUGACAGACCUUCCUCCUCUUUCACAGCCCAGGCCUCCUUCAGAUCCGGCGCGGAACAAGCAUCUUCCGAUUGAAACUCCUCCCGUCAAGCCACCAGAACCUCCAGACCCACCAGACGUCUCCGUCAGCCUCGUUCUUUUCACUUCCUCCAGCCCUUCUCCACAAGCUACUCAAGUCCUAGAUCUGAUGUUUAAUUUUUCAAGGGUUUCAAGUUGUAUCUUUGUCAGUUCGGGAAUGGGUCUUCUCCCGGCUCUUAUUCCAACUUUCAUUUUAUCAAUCCGCUUAUAGACGUCCAGGUCCACUUUAGCUCCUUACUCUCUGUUUACUCCUAUUCUUUUGGAAAGGAUGCAAUGCUAGAUGUGUGGGUGACUUUGGAUUUGUGGUUUCUGGCUUUAUUUGGUAGUGUACUGAUGGACUCAGUGUCCUUUGGUUAUAUCUUUGUGCCUCUUAGUGGUUUUUAUGUUGCGUUGAUGCAACUCUCUACUGCAGUAUGCAGUCCUAUUAUUGUAUUCAACCUGGUUUGUGGUGCAGUGUCUGUGUGUUUCUCUUCUUGGUGGCAGUUGAAAGAGACAAUCAUUGUGAUUUGUUGCUUGGUGAAUAUGGUUAUGGCGGGUAUUGAUUGUCCGCUUGGCUCCUGUUUGGAACAGUCUCUUUUCCCAAUAUUUCCUCAUGUAUGGAGUGAAUUGGAUGAACAUGUGUGGCUGGUAUUGCAAGGAUUCUCCUCCCGGCUAACGCUCUUCCCUGCCUUUAGUGCAGUGGUUGUGACUCUCAGAGUUACCCGAGAUGCAAUCGUUCAAGAAACUCAUGAAACCGUUGUGAUGCGAUUUCUAAUGUUUACUUGUUGUGAUUUGUAUUUUCAUUCUAUCUUAGGUUUAUCUGUUUCGUAUUCCAUUGGGCUCUUUGUAGCUUUGUUGUACUCUCCUUUCAUGGAGC